AUGGCGGCACAAAGCAAAUUGGCUGAGAUCGCCUUCAAUUGUACCUGCCAGGAGUACAUACAUCCCUGGACCUCGAGCUGUGUCUGCUCGGCAGCUGGAAUGAUACUGUCCAUAUUUCCAUCGAGUCUGCGCGUUUAUGGAGCUGUGUAUCUGAUGGCUUUGAUCCUUAGGGGCCGAAUCCCAUCGCUCAAGGACCUUGGACGCACCGUAGCUGGCGUCGUACAGUCGGCGGCGUUCCUCUCAUUAAAUGGCAGUUUCUUUAUCCUUGCCAUUUGCCUGGUAAGACAGUUGCUGGGUGGAUUCUACUUUAGCACCGCUUCCUUGAUACCUUCCCUCUUGGUUGGUUCCAUAUCGCUGUUCGCCGAGCGACCAGAGCGGCGGGCUCCACUUGCCAUGUACGUGGCCAAUGUGGGCAUUGAGACUCUUUGGAAGAUGAUGGAAGCCCGAGGAUUGGUUCGAUCCAUUCCCAACGGCCAGGUGCUCAUCAUGGGACUGAGUAUUACAGCCUUGAUGUACAUGUACCGUGCUGGAUUGCACAAAACAGUGGCCAAAGAUCCCACCUUCAAGGGCCUGGGCAUAAUAGUGGGCAAGGAGGAGGAGGGACCUGUGAAAUCUCCGACGGUGACCACCUCUCAGAGCUCUCGUCAGCGACCUCUCAACUUUCGCAGCAUCACCGCUUACCUGGAGCUGUAUGACCGCCUCCUAACCACCAAGCAUCCCAGCUGUCCACACAAGAGCGGUUGUGCAAAAUAUGCCGUCCUCGGUGGACUGAAGCCUUUCCUGGGCGGCGUGGGUCUCCAGGUGGGCCUCAAGCUGCUGCUCAACAUUCCCAAGAUAAUCAAACUCAAGAUGCAGUGGCGCAAGCAGAUCCUCAAUAAGGGAUCCCUGCAAUUGGGCCUGGCUCUGGGCAUCUUCUCGCUGCUCUUUAAGACCACUUCCUGUGGCCUACGCCAUAGCUGUGGCUACGACAGUGCUCUCUUCGCCAUUCCUGCUGGCCUUCUGGGCUCGAUUGGCCUGCUGUGGUUCCCCAAUAACACGGUGGCCUUAUAUCUGAUGUGGAAGUCCUUGCAGCUUCUGUACAACUGGGGCGUGGCCGAGGGCAGGGUUCCCGAGGUGCCACAUUUCGCAAUGAUCAUGUAUGGCAUUUUUACGGCGGUGCUCUGCCACGCCACUAUAUUGGAAGCACAAUCCAUGAGGCCCAGCUACUUUAAGUUUAUUGAAACCAUUUCCGGGGGCCGCCUCAGCAGGUUCAAUUUGAAGUCCUUUGAGGCUUUUGGAGUUGGGAGCCAGGAUCAGGCUAACCAAAUGAUCAAGAAACUAGGCAUUGUCUGGAAUUCACCCUACCCGAGAUUCGCACUGACUGUCUAG